AUGAAUCCCACUCAACUGCCGCCGACAGAGAAGCGUAAACGCGGCCGUCCGAAAGGGUCAAAGAAUGGACCCAAUGCGGGCACUGUGGGCCGUCCAGUUGGACGCCCCAGGAAGGAUGGAAUUUCGCGAAACACACCAGCAUCUUUACAUUCUACCUCUCAGGCUGCAGAGGCAGGGAGUCAUCAUAGUGACACCAGGCAGCCAGUGGAACCACGCACUCGUGACUCGGAAUUGAGCACGAGCACCAGCCCCGCACUGUCUGGACGUGAGUCAUCCCACGCGGACUCGGAUCAAUCAUUACGUGCACCAACGAGCACAAGUGUCAUUCAUAAUAUCCUCGAUGGAGAGUCGGACAUUGAGCCAGCGCGAGUUGUUCCGCAGCCAAGCACUGCUCCUGCAUCAAGUGGUGCGUGCAAUCUUCAGACUCGUAGUGUGAUUGACGACUCAGAACUUGAGUGCAUGAUUGAUGAAUUUUCUGCCAUCGGUGACAACAACAACAACAUUAUUCAAGAUGUUCCGACCAUGGCAGCACCUGAUUUGCCAUUGCCAGAACAUGCUUCCUCGGCCAAUGGUACCAAGACCAAGGUACCGCGUGCAACCAUGCCAACAUGGCUUGCAGACGAGUACGCAUAUGCCCGCACUCGUCUCGAUUCUGAAAUUGCAAAGACCGGGAGACCACGCAUCCCUUGUCCAAACUGCAAGGAUGCAAACCGGCGGUCCAAGAGGGGGCAGCCAGUCAUGCUUCGUGUUCUCAGCUGGCCGCAGCAGCCACGGCGCGUUGUUGAUCUUGAGCACUUGGUGUUCAUUAUUGGACACCGAUAUUAUUGUGGGCACGAGGAGUGCAAGAAGACAUUUCAGAGCUGGUCGCCAGCAAUCUUGCAAGCCAUACCACCACCGCUAGCAGCCCUCUUUCCAUUCCACCUAAUGUAUCGAAGUGGCCUGACGGACCACUUGGUUGGUGUCUUGCGAGCCUCAUUUCAGAGGGGUAUUGGGCCAUCACCUUUCGCUAAGAACAUACGAAUGAUGCACAUUCGCUAUUACGAGCAGUUGCACAUUCAAUACCUAGAGACCGUCCGUCAGCGCAUGCAAGCAAGUGCAUCUGGGCUCUUGCCACCGCAUCAACCCUUUCCUCGCUGGAAUGACCCCAGUGGAUAUGCCGGAUAUGUUCCUACGCACCGAUUUUUUCGAUGUUUUUAUAACUCGCUCAUUGAACAACAUGCCGCAGAGAUGGACCAACAUAUGGCCAUGCAGUCUGCUGAAACACUCAGUCAUGACCAUAGCUUUAAGGUGACAGGCAUUCUCGGUAAAGUCAAUGGUGUGGCAACAUUUGGUGCCCUCCAUACUGCCUGCAAUGACUAUGGUGAGUGUCGCAAGAUGACACUCACGCCAACGAAGGGACAUGACGACUGUAUGCCUGCCCUUGCUGAGAUUCCUGUGACACUUGCGAAAUAUGGGCAUGCACCUGUCAAGAUUCUAUUCACGGACAAUGUCUGCGGCGAUAAGUCAGCCCUCAAGAGAGCAUUUCCUAGUCUUCUAUACAGUGUAAAUCCUGUUCCGAGUUCGGGAUUGGAGGAUUUAGUAGUACCUGAUGGUUGGCAUGAGCUGCAUGUUGCAUUUGACCUGGAGUGGCCAGUAGACCGAGAGACAGGAAUAUACGGCAGAGUUUCCCUUGUAUCAUUGGCAUAUGAUAAGGCCAUCUACCUUAUUCCGAUCAGUCAAUAUGUGCAAGAUAACGGAUUUCUGAAGCUGCCAUCAUCCCUUUUGGUAGUCUUGCACUCGAAACGAGUCCACAAAAUUGGUGUCCAAGUCAAAGCAGACUUAACUCACCUAUACAAGGACUGUGGCUUUGCUGAUUCCACGAAUGAACAGCCAUUCAUUGGUGCUCUCGAACUCGGCCUUGCAGACUUAACAGCACUUGUGCUUCACCGAAAUCUGCCAAAGGACGCAUCUAUUCGAGUCAGCACAAAGUGGGAUGAUCCUGUGCUGUCACCAGAGCAAGAGAAAUAUGCCACAUUGGACAUCUAUGCAGCUUCAGCUAUUUUCGAGUCUUUCUCGGCUAUCCCUUCCUGUGGUCCAGUGACAUUGUCCACGCCAGUCAGCACCCAGGUUCAGCUCAUGUCACGAAACGGAGGACUUGCAGUGGCAUAUGGCCACAUAGCUCGUCACCAGCCAAAACAGCUGGAUGGGGUAAAUGUAUCAAAAACUCGUAUUGUUAUCACUGUGACGUCCAUCCUUGUCCCUGCCUAUCUUGUUCGAGCAGAUCUGCGACCUAACCAUCAAGAAACCCCGAUUUCGAAUCUUGCCACUAAAUCACCCUUCCCACUGCUAUGCUAUCAACGGGAUUUUCGAACAUGCACCAGAACCAGUGAGACAACACCACAGAAUAGCACCACAAUACUCCCAUCAUCACCAUACAAGCCUCAUGAUUCACCUUAUCUUCAAGUUGAUGAAAUCAAGGACUCGGAGCCUACAACAGACUCGGAUGUUGGCGAGUGGUUAUCACACGACAGAGAUUCUGGUGUCCCUAAACAGUUGGCCAGUGAUGCAGAAAAGGACCUGCAUGGGCUCUCUCAGAUUGAAUCACUUGCGGAACUUGUUUCCCGUAAUGUCACCAUUGAGAGCAAUGAAGUACGCUCUCGAGUUCUUGGGGAUAUCUGGCACCUCAUGGACCAGUUUAAAAUUUCCAUUCACCAUGGUCUCCGCCGUCCUUUCAGCCGUGCCCUUCGAGAUGCCAUAUUCUUACUGGACCCUGUAGAUCUUGCUGUUGUCGAAGAAGUGCUGAAAAAGAAGAAUACAUGUUUUCGCCAGAUGGUCCUUACCAACUCAGACUGGGUGUGGCAGCGCAUCAAGCGGCUGGUUCCACCUCCAGAGAUAUUGGCACCUCGUGUCACUGAAGUACUGCAGACCUACAGCCCACUGAAGGAUGCUGUGACUGGCCAGCCUCUUUUCAAUGAUGCAUCAUGGGAGAAAGCUCGUCUAUUGACCGUGAAUUUACUUCGCAACUACACAUUAACACAUAAUCUCGAGGUUGGCACUGUGAAUCGAACAGGAAAAAUCUAUCUUGGCUCUUAUGACAUCUGGACUCACAACCGGAUUGCACUUCUUGUGGAUAUUACUGCCAGUGUGGUGCGGCCGUCAUACCAGGAGUGUGGUCAGGCGACUUGGCUCAAUGGAAAUGAUUUCGAGCCUGCGAACGAGUCAUUCGGCAUCCUACCUGUUGCUGCAGCCACUCGCACAAAACUAGGAAUGAGUCAGUAUCGAGAUGACUAUGCAAAAGGUUGUAAGAUAAAGCAUGAAUACCUGGCGAGGCACCAGCAGACUCUUGUUGCUAUUCUGCCGAUCCAUACUGUGGAGGAGAAGGCUUUGUACCGCCUACUCAUCAAGAGUGUCACAGUCAUCCACCCGCUCAUUUCUUUCGCAAAGCUUCCUGAACAGCUCAAGUCAUAUUAUAAGACCUGGAAUGAGCACCAAAAUGAGCAUAACUCAGUCGAGCAGAACAAUGGCGCUUACCUGGAGUUGCAAAAGCUUCUCGCAGCACCAGUUGGAAUGCCUGAAAUUGCACCGGUGUGGGUAACACAACAAAGGGAAGCAAAGAAAGCAAGGAUCCACGAAAUGAUGCUGAUCAACCCUGAUCAAAGGCGACAAAAGGGCGAUGAAAGUGAAACGCGAAAAAUGCGCGAAGCGCAGGAAGGCGAAAGUGCGAAAGGCGAAAAUGCGCAGAGAACUGGGAUGAAAGAUGUGGUAGUAAGCUGUGGUAGGAAGCUGUGGUGUAAAACGAACAUGAAAGGCUCGGAGCCGAAUAGGGAGCGCUCUAAGUAUGCUAAAUAUGGUCUGAUAACGAAAAGGGACACACCUAGGAACUGGUUGGAUGAUGGAUGGAUGCUCCUGGAUGAUGCGCGAUGGAGUGCGCUUGAGCGCGAGAAACGCGCUAAGCGCGCGUGCGGGAACGCGAAACGCGAAAGCAUGAGAAAGUGUUGCGCCUAUGACAUAGCAGAAGUUGCGUAUGGAGUAGGGCGACGAGUGCGAGAGAAACGCGCUGAGCGCGCGCGGGAAUGCUGCGCGUUGUGUGGAAAAGUAGCGCGCCUAUGGCGCGUUUCGCGGGAAAGCUGCGCGUUUCAGAUGGUAGCCAAACAAGUUGAUGGCCGUCAGGCAUCAGCAAGCGAGGAGCCAACUGACUGGCAGAUUAGCAUGAUGCUGGGUUGGAAUAGUUCCCGCCAGACCCUACUGCAGUUGCAGUACAGCGACCCUGCACUCCCAGGACCUCAUGGACAAAAGCGGCCUGCAGAAGAAGAGGCAGUUGCACCUGUUAGAGUGAAACAGCGCGCACAAAGGACAUACAAAAAGUGUCACAAAUCUGAUUGUCCAGGAGCGUUCAAGAGCCGGCCCUGCAAAUACAAACAACCGGCGUCGGAGCCCCGAUCAGGAAGCACAUUUGCCCAGUCGCCACUCGAAACAAGCACCUGGGUAAAUACGUCAGUGUCGAGCGGGCAGCUACAAACACAGAAUGUACCACACACCGUAAACAUGCCGCCCUACUACACUGGCAUGUAUUUGCACCCUCCGAGACUGGCGCCGGUGCUAUAUCCUGGCUCGAGCUCUGAGUCAGCAGUCUUCCGCACGGCAAACUCGCGCGCGCUGCCAGUGCACUGCAUGUCUGACGGCUCCGUCAGAACAAGCGCAGAUGCUCAGUCAUCCUCGAGCAUGGGUACUAGGCAGGUCAACUUGAACUUACCUGUGCCUUCUGACAGUGGUACUGAAGCGUUCUUGAAAUAUCGAAGCAUGUUCAGGUUUCAAGUGCCUUUUCAGCCAUAUAGCGUGUGA